GGGGGCCGCGGGGACAGCGGCGGCGCGGCCUCGGCGCUCGCGGGGCGGCGGAGGUGCAGCGCGGAGCCAUGGUGAUCAUGUCCGAGUUGAGCGCGGCCCCCGCGGGCUCCGGCCCGGGCCAGCAGAAGCCCCUGCGGGUGGGCUUCUACGACGUGGAGCGGACCCUGGGCAAGGGCAACUUCGCGGUGGUGAAGCUGGCCCGCCAUCGAGUCACCAAAACCCAGGUUGCAAUAAAAAUAAUUGAUAAAACCCGAUUAGAUUCAAGCAAUUUGGAGAAAAUAUAUCGUGAGGUUCAGAUCAUGAAGCUUCUGAAUCAUCCUCAUAUCAUAAAGCUUUAUCAGGUUAUGGAAACAAAGGAUAUGCUUUACAUUGUCACCGAGUUCGCCAAAAAUGGAGAAAUGUUUGAUUAUUUGACUUCCAACGGGCACCUCAGCGAGAAUGAGGCACGCAAGAAGUUCUGGCAGAUUCUCUCGGCCGUCGAGUACUGCCACAGCCACCACAUUGUUCACCGGGACCUCAAGACCGAGAACCUGCUGCUGGACGGCAGCAUGGACAUCAAGCUGGCAGAUUUUGGGUUUGGGAACUUCUACAAGUCUGGAGAGCCGCUGUCCACGUGGUGUGGGAGCCCCCCAUACGCCGCCCCGGAGGUCUUUGAGGGCAAGGAGUACGAAGGCCCGCAGCUCGACAUCUGGAGCCUUGGCGUCGUGCUGUACGUCCUGGUCUGCGGCUCGCUCCCCUUCGAUGGGCCCAACUUGCCAGCUCUGCGGCAGCGGGUGCUGGAGGGCCGCUUCCGCAUCCCCUUCUUCAUGUCUCAGGACUGCGAGACGCUGAUCCGCCGCAUGCUGGUGGUGGACCCCACCAAGCGCAUCACCAUCGCCCAGAUUCGGCAGCACAGGUGGAUGCAGGCUGACCCCUCCGUGCCACGGCAGGCCUGCCCGGCCCUCUCCGCGCUCAGCUACAACUCCAACCUGGGCCACUAUGACGAGCAGGUGUUGGGCAUCAUGCACACCCUGGGCAUCGACCGGCAGAGGACGGUGGAGUCCCUGCAGAACAGCAGCUACAACCACUUUGCCGCCAUCUAUUACCUCCUCCUCGAGCGGCUGAAGGAGUAUCGGCACACGCAGCCGUCGGCCCGGCCCGGCCCCGCCCGGCAGCAGAGGCCCAGGAGCUCAGAUCUCAGCGGCUUCGAGGUGACUCAGGAAGCCUUCUCCGGUGACCCUUUCCGAUCCUCCCUGCUGUGUCCUCAGCCCCAGGCCUUGGGGCCAUCUGUCCUGCACGCCGACACGGACUGUGACCCCCUGAGCUCGCUCCAGCCCUUGCUUUUCCCCCUGGACGCCAACUGCAACGGGGUGUUCCGGCACCGACCCAUCUCCCCCAAUGGCCUGCUGGACGCGCCCAUCAGUGAGGAGGUCGGGCAGGCCCCAGGCCUAGAGGAGGAGCGGGAGGCACAGAAGCCCCCGUCUGGCAGCACCGCCCGGAGGCACACGCUGGCCGAGGUCUCCACCUGCUUCUCCCCGUGCGCCCCUCCGUGUAUAGUCAUUUCCUCGUCCACCGCGAGCCCUUCGGAGGGCACCAGCUCCGACAGCUGUCUGACCUUCUCGGCAGGCGACGGCCCGGGAGCACUCAGUGGACGCCUGGCUGCUCAGGGGCUGGUGGGCACCUGCUCCCCUCUCAGACUGGCCUCACCGCUCCUGGGGGCCCAGUCAGCCACUCCAGUGCUGCAGGCUCAGGGGGCCCCGGGAGGGGUCACUCUGCUCCCCAUCAGCUUCCAGGAAGGCCGGAGGGCGUCAGACACCUCGCUCACUCAAGGGCUGAAAGCCUUCCGGCAGCAGCUGAGGAAGAACGCGAGGACCAAAGGGCUCCUGGGUCUCAACAAGAUCAAGGGGCUGGCUCGCCAGGUGUGCCAGCCCUCCUCCUCCAGCCGGGCCACCAGGGGCGGCCUGAGCGCCUUCCAGCUGCCCACACAGAGCCCGGGCCUGCACGGCAGUGGGCCCAGCAGCCGGGAGGGCCGGAGCCCCCUGGAAGAGGUGCUGCACCAGCAGAGGUUGCUCCAGCUGCAGCACCACCCGGCAGGGCCCCCCGGCUGCCAGCAGGCCGCCCCGCUGGUCCUCGCCCCGUGUGACGGCGCCCUCCUUGUGUCGGGACUCCAGAAGGAGCUGGGGCUGGGGCCCGGCCCGCUGCUGCCCCCCCACCUCCUGCACGCCGGCGGCUCCCCGGUGGCAUCGGCGGCCCGGCUGCUGGACACCCACCUGCACAUCAGCCACACCGUGGCCCCCCGUCCCGCCGCCACGCUGCCCCCCGGCUUUGUGGCCACGGGGCUCCCGCAGGGGGACUGUGAGAUGGAGGACCUGACCGCGGGCCAGCUGGGCACGUUCGUGCUGGUGCAGUGAGCGCCCCGCCCCUGCCUCCGCCUCCGCUCGGGCCGCCGGCCCUUCGAAGCAAUAAUUUCAGAGGAUGUGAAGAUGUUUCCGGACUCGAAGCCAAUACGUUUCUAGAAGCGAAACAAGCAAUACGUUUGGUGUUUUGGCUUUUUAGUUUAUUUUUUGUUUGAUUUUUGGUUUGUUUGUUUUUUUUUUUCCUUGCACUGAGCAGAUGUAACUCUGAGUAGGGCCUGGAAACUUUCUGAAGAAAAAUAAUAAUCGAGGGGCGUGUCGGGGUGGGUGGACGGGAAGGGGAAGGAGGGCGGCGGGGCGCAGGCGGCCGGCUCGGCUGGGCUGGCCAGCGCCACCACGGUCGGUCGGGGGCGGCGGGAGGGGACCUCGGGGGCCACGGAGGGCUUGCCUCGGAAGAAACCGCGCGUGAGCCGCGUGUCCAUCAUGUGUGUGCCUGUGAGUGUUUAGCAUCCUCUUUUAUUUUUAGUUAACAAUUCUCCACUUCCCGAAACAUUUACGCUUCAGAGUGAGAACUGUGAACUUUCUGCUUUACGCAUCCGUUUUUGUUUUUGUUUUUUUUCUUAAAAAAAAAGCUCUGUUGGCCAGCCCAGGAGAAAAUAAUCUACAAAUUCCUGGAAUUCUCCACCCUGAAAUCAGAACCCCAAGGACGUUUUUGUUUUUGUUUUUUUCCCUUAUUUUAGAUGAGAACUUGUAUCCACUGCUCGAGAGUCAGGUUUCCGGGAUUCUUCAGAAGAGCCACGGGAAGAAACUGGCAGGGGUGGGUGACUGUGAGGCUGGGACUCCGGCCCCGGGGCGCAGGGCCCAGAUCCCCCGCGUGCCUUGGAGGGCCCUAGACGUUUCUUCCCGCUGCCCAUCUUAUUUCCGCUGCUAAUUAAGUUUUUACGCAUUUCAUUAUCAGGGUCCAAAAAGAACAACCGACUGGGGUGGGGGACGUGCAAUACGGCAGGGGCGGUCGUCGGGUGGGGGUCGGGGGUCGGGGGCCCCCACCUGCCCGCGGCCGGCUCGUGGUUCCAGGGGUGGCCCUGCCUUCUCCAGGCCUCACGCGUGUCAGGCUUCCUUUCGUUCAAGAGAAUGAAACGAGAGGUCGGAUCAGUGUUGUUCAAGCUCUGUUCCUUUUUUAAAGCAAACGUUGUACAUGUAUAUAAAUAGGAGACAAAUAUACACUACUUAUUUUUUAUAUUUUUUACUACACUCUUUUGUGUUCCUGGUUUCAAUUUUCCUCUCUGGUUAACGUGACAAAGCGCCAGCACCGGGUCGGCAUGGAGGAGGGCGACAAGGUGCGCCCUUCCCCUGGCAGGUGAUCUCAUGUGGCUGCUGGGUCAGUCGCGCGCCACCCGAGUGGAGCGACGCGAGCGGCUGCUGCACGCCCUCCACGCCCGGCGGUCCCCAAGCCCUUACCGGCGACCCAGGUGCCUUCAGCUCACUCUGGCUCUUACGCCCUACAGUAUUAACAGGGGGAAAGGUGGGCAUUUGUAGAAGCCAAAGACUGCCCGGGGCUCCUCGCGGGCAGGGAGGCCGCGGGGGGCGCGCCCGGGUCUGUGCACCUGCCCAGCUUGCUGCUACCGGCCCUCCGGCCGCCGCUACUGCCCUGUGGCUGUCGCAAGAGUCGGGGAGGGGACUGUCCUCGUGCCUGGCCGCAGAGAAAUCACCAAAGCCUCCUGCUGGCUCGGAGAGAGGGUCGGGGCGCCCGGGCCUGCGGGGCCGCCGAGGCCGCACGGCUGACUCCCCACCAAGCCGCUCCCCUGUUCUACUCCUCGCUGUUCUAACGCCGCAGAUCAAAGGCCUCAGAACCAUGACAAGCACUUUACUUUCACGGAGGUUUUCUUUCUUGCUGUGAGCCGUGUGUCUCUGCGUCUCGUGUGUAGGCGUGUGCGACGUGUGUUUUGUAGUUUCCCCCCACGGCGCCGUGGGGCAGGCUGGGCGCCUGUUUAUAGGCACUACGUGAUCUGAGAUGUAUAUAGUCUGUUUUUUUUUUUUUUACCAUAACUGAUUUAAUUAUUUUAUUUCUUAUGUUCACAUGAGAAAUGUAUGCCAAAAUGAUUAGUGGGUGUAUGUUUUUUAAUUUAAUAUUUAAAUAAAAUAUUUGGGGGAACAAACCCUCGACCUUUCCCCGUG